AUGUUACUGAAAAAAAUAUUUCGGAAGGAUCGCAAAACUGAACCUACGUCUGUCUUUUCAUUACGACUCAUCGUAGCAACGUUAUUAGUAAUAAUUCUGGUUGGAUACGCUAUAUUUUUGAUUUUGGAUAUUUACAAUGAUCAUCCAGCUAUUCAAAGCUCUUUUAUUGAGACAGGUUCUUUGCCCGUUCCAGUGCUAAUGUUUUCAAAUAUUCCUCAAAAAUCCUAUUUAAAUUGUUAUUUCACAUAUGCUGCUAAUAGUACACGUGAAGAUAAUAAAGCAUGCGCUCAAUACAUAGAACAGUCAGCAUUGAGCUCCACCUUAAAGUAUGAAGGUUAUUUUAAAACUAGUGGCAAUUUAUUCUUUUCAACAAGUUCUAAUGAGGGCCUGAAAAACAUUGGAUUUAUAAUUUAUGCCGAUAAUGCCACGUAUAAUACGAGUGAUCCAUCAAUGUCUAUAGAUCUUCUUGCAAUUGAUUCAGAACUUUAUAACAUUUAUGGUUCAAAAUUAUUUGAAACCCAAAAUUCAAUGUUUUUGGAUUCAUCUUAUAAUAUUCAAGUAACAAGAAGCAUAAAAUAUCUUAUGUCACGAAGCUGGAAAAAUUAUUUUGGAUUUGCACCAGAUCUCGAAAGAAUACCUUAUGUUACUUCCACGAUUGAAUCUUCUCUUAUUUCCAAUACUACGGGACCUUUAACAUUAUUUUCUACAAUAAAUAUCGAACCACAGUCAUUUAUUGUUCAAGUUGAUACGGAUCAAAGUUAUCAUGUAUCGAAUUCACUUGGAUUAUUUGGUGGUGCAUUUGGACUAAUUACAAGUUUUUAUGCAUUACUUUUUGGUGCAGGCACUAUUAAACCAUGGGGAUUUGUUCAAAAACAUCUUUUCAAAGUUAACCGAAUUGUACAGGAUAAGUUAAUAAUUACUUUAGAAUCAAUGCCGUUCAUUAGUCAUUUAACUCAAGAUACAAAUGAUUUGAAAGAUGACCUUUCAACUGAACAACUUGAAAAAAGAUUAGAUUUAUUACAAUUAUUUUUAAGAGAUUAUGUAGUAAACGUGCAAUAUUUAGAACAAAUUCAACAAUCCAAUACUGAUUGCAAUUCAUAUAUCACAGAGCCAUCAGAUAUAAAUGGGUCUUAUUACAAUGGAUAUUUUUCAAUUCCAUUUGAAAAUAAAUAUAAAUUGAUCUUAAAUUCACCAAAUAAUACAAAGAAUGGAGAACAUGACGAACGAUCUAUUAUGUUUGAAUUAUCAUUUAUGGAUGAAAUUGUGUAUCAAAAUACUAGUUCACAUUUUUUCGUUACGGUUUCCGACUCAGAAAAUGUUUAUUUGAAAGAAACCAUUUCUUCAAUUUUCUUACAAUCAAUUACGCAAACUAAUACCUAUCAAAUUUUAACAGGACAAGCUGUUAGCCUUUAUUUCGGCCGAAGCAUCAGGAAAAUUAUUAUCCCAAACUGGAAGGCCAUAAUGGGAUUUCAACCAGAUUAUGAUAUAAAACCUUAUCUAACGUCAAGAAAAGGUGAUGACGCAAUCCAGCCUUUUGGAUUAAUUCAAAGACACGGUUAUUUUUAUGAGAAAACUCAAAAGAAAUUUACUAAAUUUUUAUCCACAUUUCCUUUGGUACAACUUUCAGACCCACCUAAUAAUAUUGAUGAUAAAAAUCGAGUUGAACAGUUGGAGAAAAAAAUUGAUGAAUUAGAAUUAUUUUUAAGAGAUUAUGUGGUUGAAGUGCAACAUUUAGAUAAAGUUUAUAAAAAUAUUAAAA